AUGGAAGAGCCACAAGACUUACCUGAACAACCAGUGAAAAAAGCCAAGAUGCAGGAACCCAGAGAACAAAGCUUGAGUCAUGUGAGCAACGCAGAAGUCAGUGAUCAGAAACCUGAAUCUUCAAGCCUUGGUUCAAACCUCCCCAUGUCCAGUGAGAUUAUGACAUGCACUGAUUAUAUCCCAAGGUCAUCAAAUGAUUAUACCUCACAAAUGUAUUCUGCAAAGCCAUAUGCACAUAUCCUUUCUGUACCUGUAUCGGAAACAAUGAGCCCUUACCCUGGUCAGACUCAGUACCAAGCACUACAGCAGCCUCAGCCCUACACCAUCUACCCGCAGACCACCCAAACCUAUGGACUACCUCCUUUUGGUGCACUGUGGCCAGGUAUGAAACCUGAAAGUGGUUUAAUUCAGACUCCAUCUACAAGUCAGCACAGUAUUCUUACCUGCACUACAGGGUUAACCACAAGCCAGCCCAGCCCAGCACAUUAUUCUUAUUCCAUUGAAGCAUCAACUACCAAUGCCAGUCCAGUCUCCACAUCCUCAACUGUUGUCAAUAUUUCCACAUCAGCAGUAGCCAGCAUCUCACAGCAGGAAUAUCCUACGUACACGAUCCUCGGCCAAAGUCAGUACCAGACAUGUUACCCAAGUUCUGGCUUUGGAGUUGUAACACCAGCAGACAGCAACACGGAGAGUACUGCAUUAGCAACAGCUACGUAUCCAACCGAAAAAACAAACGCCAUGGUGCCUACGCGGACAGUGCAAAGACAUUCCUCUGGAGAUGCAUCCACAAGUCCUUCAUUAUCAAGAGCAACAGCAAGUAAAGAGUUAGAUGAGCAGGCAAGAAAAAACAUCCCCGGGAAGAACAGGGGGAAAAGGAAAGCAGAUACCUCCUCCUCACAGGACAGUGAACUGGAGCGAGUGUUUCUCUGGGACCUGGAUGAAACUAUCAUAAUCUUCCAUUCACUUCUUACAGGGUCUUACGCUCAAAAAUAUGGCAAGGAUCCAACUCUAGUGAUUGGCUCAGGUCUGUCAAUGGAGGAGAUGAUCUUUGAAGUAGCUGAUACUCACUUGUUUUUCAAUGACUUGGAGGAGUGUGACCAGGUACACAUAGAAGAUGUGGCUUCUGAUGACAAUGGCCAAGAUUUAAGCAACUACAAUUUCUCCACGGAUGGCUUCAGUGGCUCAGGAAGUAACACAAAUCACAGCUCAUCAGUUGGUGUCCAGGGUGGAGUAGACUGGAUGAGGAAACUGGCCUUCCGCUACCGCAGGGUACGAGAGAUCUACGACAAAUACAAAACUAACGUUGGAGGCCUUCUUAGCCCACAGAAGAGGGAAGCCCUGCAACGACUAAGGACCGAUAUAGAAGUGCUAACGGAUUCCUGGCUGGAAACUGCAUUGAAGUCCCUGCUACUCAUACAGUCCAGAAAAAACUGUGUGAACAUCCUGAUCACUACCACCCAACUGGUGCCAGCUCUUGCCAAAGUUCUCCUGUAUGGAUUGGGCGAGGUGUUUCCCAUCGAAAAUAUUUAUAGUGCUACAAAAAUAGGUAAAGAGAGCUGUUUUGAGAGGAUCGUGUCACGAUUUGGAAAGAAAGUCACCUAUGUGGUAAUUGGAGAUGGGCGUGAUGAAGAGGUUGCAGCUAAGCAGCACAACAUGCCUUUCUGGAGGAUCACAAACCAUGCAGACCUCGUGUCCCUUCACCAAGCCCUCGAGUUAGACUUCCUGUAAGAAGUUGGAGCAAAGGCAUGGCUGCAGCUCCUGCAAGACCUCUCCAGCACUGGGAGGCAUUUGGGGACUCACUUUUCAGCUUGAUGAAGAAAACAUACCUAAUGCGAACUGUACAGUAGAACGUGACACCAGGUCAUUUCCUCAGGAGCACAAGCCCUGCCAAGACAAAGGUGUCCUAUAAAGAAGCACUAGGCUCAGCAGAUCUAGAGCUUGUCUGAAGAAGAGAUUUACAGAAGCCAGCUGAAUUCCUCUAGCAGGUAGUCUCCAGAGGGAGGGGGUGAUACAACAGCAGAAGUGUUUGUAAGAGCCUUCUCCUUUCUAUUCAGCUUAGUUGUAGAAACCAAGUAAACACAAAACCUUAUUUUUAUAGAAAAAUACUGAUGGCAGAGCUGAACCUCCCUUGUUUCACAAGCCGAAAAGAGCUAUGUUUUUUUUUUUCAUAGGAAAUAUUAAUGAAAAUUUCAAAAAUACCUCUAUUG